AUGGGUCACGGUCAUCACGAACCUUUCAAGAUCCCACAUUACUCGAUCUAUAACAACUAUCGAGAAUUUCCUGAACUGGCCGCCCAUGAAAAACGACUUGCCCAGAUCGGACUUAAGGAUAAUUGGAUUAGGAAUUAUGUCUUCCUGUUCGAUCGUGACAUGCCCCACGUACGUGGACAGUGGAAUCAUUUCAAAAGGCUGAUUCUUCCCGGUUGGAAAGGUGGUGUUGGCCUCGCGGCGUUGGUGAUUGCAAUCGAAGAAGGAUACCAGUACUAUUACUAUGGCAAAACUUCAUGGGAUGCCCACCAUUAA